UUAAUUUCCACUCCCGCGUCGCUCAAGCAGAGCAGAUGAGCCUAUGGAUUUCUACGGAUACGGAUAUGCGGGCGGAUGACACGAUGCGGAAGAAGUCUGGGUGCAAGAGGUGAAGAGAUUGAGAUAUUGACGUACCCAGUUCUUUGAGUAUCUGCUGCCAUCACUGCUUUCUGCUACAAUAGCUACAUUCGUCUAGUAUUUGGCAUUAUCACUCAAUAAUUGUUAAUCUUGCGCCGGGGUUACUGAAUAGCAAAAUUGGGUCAAUUGCUGAAUACAUGUAGGCAUUCCCUUGAUCAACACCAGCACGUUACAAAGGCUCCGGGUCCCUGCAUGAAUGGCAUCUGCGGGCCAGUACAUGAAAAGGCCCCAUCUUGGGUCCCAAGUCUCAAUCUGAAGCUAUCGUAUUCUCGCUCGUACCAACGCAAAAUAUGAGCCAAAUCAGACACCCUCAAGGGUCCAUGUGCGAUCCGUACUCGAGACUGGACUUGAGCCGGCCACACUCACCACCAACCACUCACCCCGGCACGGUAUUUAACAGGCCCGCUACUCUGUACCUUGUCCGCGAUCGCCGGCUGAUACCAUGUUUCAUUCAACAAUUGCCUUGUUCGUCCUAUUGUCCGGUUGACAAAGGUCAGAGGGUGUGGACUCGGAAUUCUGCCGCAACCCUCGUCCUCACCGCAUGCAAACGAAACAAAACGAACUGCCGAUCUUGCUACCUUAUUUUCUCUUUUCUCCUCUCCUCUCCUCUGCUCUUCUCCUCUUCCCCCUUUCUGCAACCACGUGCAGCCUGCAAUCCAAACUCAGUCUUCUCAAUUUUGACAAGCAACGACGCGAUCAUCUCAGCCCAUAUCAUCAACGCUGUAUUGCUUAACUACAAGCGAAGAGAGAAUAUCGACAUCAUGAAGUCCAUCACCAUCUUGGCUGGUCUCGCUGCUGCCGCAGUUGUGGCUGCUGCCCCUGCUGAAUUCCAGAACAGCACGGACGUUACCUGGACCCCGUCCCCGUCGGAUCAGACAACCUGCGAUCCAUCCAGCUUCGCCCAAGCUCCCAUCGCCGGUGCCGCCGACUGGCGUUAUUGCGCUGCCCUCUCGAGCGCCUGGGCCAACCAGAACGGAACAUUCAGCAUCCACGACGUCUCCGGCAGUGCCUUUAUCCCCGUCCUCAAGACCGAAGGCUGCGUCUUGGGCGUCAAGGCCUCUGAGCAGGGCCAGGGACCCUACACCAUAGGAGACCAGGACGUCAAGGCCAUCCUCAGAAUCGCGCUUGAGGACUAUUCGGAGGGAACCGACCUCUCUGUUGAGGGCAGCGUCAAGUGCAACGUUGCCAAUGGCGGCCGAUCCGACCUUCAAUGGCAAAUCGCCGGCCAGUAAACACCAGGAACCUGGAUCAAUUGCUACUCUUUGUUCUACCAAGGAU